UGGUAUCCGACCAAUCAAUUGAAACUUCAAUUGAAUUGGAUCUUGAAAUCAGCACGUCUUUACGUGUCGUGUCACUGUACGGGUCUGUUUGGUUGUCAAAUUGACAUUACAAAUUAUGUCAAUUUGUAUGGUAGGUAUUGGGUUUUGAUUGUUCAAGUAUAUCCGCAGCUAUUUCCUACGGUCGGAUGAGUAUUUAUUUAAUAAAAUAUUCAGUGGAUAAUCUAUAGAAAUGGCAGAUCGUCUUUCCAUUCACGAUGAUAUAAAAUUAUAUAUAACAUCAGAUAAAUUUUAUUUGGAGCCACACAUAAACCCUACUGAGGUUCUUGUUAUAGACAGAAUAACAGGGGAAACAUCUGUUAAAGAAUAUGGCACAGUUAAAAUACCCAUCCCAGUGAAUGCAUACAGACCUGUUUGUGGUUUUCUUGGGACCAUAAAGUUAAUCUCAGGAUUAUAUCUUGUCGUGGCCAAAUAUAGAAUAUUAGUUGGCAGACUCAACGGUCAUGACAUAUAUCAGUUGGCAGGAUCCGAUAUCAUUCCAUAUGUUCGAUCCACAACGCAUCUCACUAACAAACAGAUUGAAGACAACAGUACGUAUGAGAAAAUGGUGCGAGCAGCGCUGGAGUCGCCUGGAAUGUACUUCUCAUACAGCUAUGACUUGACACACACUCUGCAGAGGUUGCAUUCAGUCGCACCGGAUUUCCACAUGAUGUCGAUCACAGCGCGCGCAGACCAGCGGUUCCUAUGGAACGGACAUCUAUUGAAAGAUUUUUCGCAGCAGCAAUACGCUAGAUUUGCCUUGCCCAUCAUACAAGGAUUCGUUUCCAUAAACCACGUGAGCAUCAACGGGCACCAACUCACGUGGUCUCUGGUAUCGCGUCGCUGCGUACACCGCGCCGGUACUAGGUUCUUUAUGAGAGGCGUCGAUUCACAGGGCAACGUUGCCAACUUCGUAGAAACGGAGCAGAUAAUAGAGCGGGGCGGUGAGAAGUCCUCGUUCGUUCAGACUCGUGGCUCCAUACCUCUAUACUGGAGUCAGUACCCCAGCCUCAAGUAUAAGCCGCCGGUAGACCUGGCUCAUGAGGACCACGUCGCGGCCUACACUAAGCAUUUGAGGGAUCAGCAGUUGCGGUACGGCAGCCAAGUGCUCGUCAAUUUGAUUGACCAGCAAGGUAAAGAGCAAGCUCUAGAGCGCGGCUAUCGGGCAGCAGUAGCGGCUGCAGCUCUACCCGGCGUUAGAUACGAGCCAUUCGACUUCCAUAGUGAAUGCCGAGGCAUGAGGUACCAUAGACUCAACGUGCUCAUCGACAGGAUUACACACGAACAGACGGAGUUCGGUUACUUCAUGUCUCGCGGUGGGACGGUACUCUUGCGUCAGAGCGGAGUGUUCCGCACCAACUGCAUCGACUGCCUCGACCGCACUAACGUCGUGCAGUCACUGCUGGCCAAACUGCAACUGACUGCGGCGUUACGACUGCUAGACAUCGCUCCGGAACCGCACUCACACUUCAACGAACUGUUCAAUACGGUUUGGGCAGAUCACGCAGACAUGAUAUCCGUCCAAUACUCGGGCACGGGGGCUCUGAAGACAGACUUCACUCGCACCGGGAAACGAACGCAUCUGGGACUCCUCAGGGACGGCGUUAAUUCCCUCACUAGAUAUUACAAGAAUAACUUCAGCGAUGGAUUCAGACAGGACUCGAUAGACCUGUUCCUGGGUAAAUACGUGGUGGUGGAUGGUGAGGGCAACACUUUGGCGUGCCCGCUGCGGAGGGACCGCGACUGGAAAUAUAUUACGUUCCCAUCGGUACUUCUAGUGGCAGUAUCAAUGUUCUGCGCCAGCGCAACUCUACCACAACGAUACAGCAGCGAAGUUUUACUCUACCUCAUGUUCUGGGGCGCCUGCGUCACUGCCACUCUGUCAUUCAUCUACCGGCACGGUAAAGAGUUCGUAGACUGGCCGCGUUUGGACGCGGGCGGUUUAGCCGCGUCCCGCUCGUGGCCGCCGCAGCACUUAUGAUCCGCGACCUGCCGCUCGUAGUCAUCGUCUGAGCCCGUCCCGCUCGCACGUAUAGCGCCCUCUCCCUCUCCCUCGCGCACAAGCCAACUGGUCGACGUCGUUGUACAAUCGUAUUAGGUAGCCGCGGAAAGAUUUCGCGUCAAAUCGAAAACUUCCACCUUUUUAAAUUCGGUUAUAAUAUAACCUGGCCAACUUAGGGGGGCAUUCCAGUAUUACGUAACGUAAAUUUUGAAGAUUUUUGACCCCCUUUCCCCAAUGUAACGUGCCAUAACGAUUUAUAAUUAAUAUUUAACGUUACGUAACACCAAACUGACCAUUUUUUACCCAAAAGUCACAUUUAUAAUGCGCGAACUGCCGGAAAGUCGCUAAAUUACUUUUGUUAUUGUUGUAGUCGUGUUUUCGGUAGUAAUUAAUAAUUAAAACAAUAGAUUUCCAAUUCGCAAUACUGAUUUUAAUACCCAAUUGUUUAUUAUUUAAAUAAAAAACAAUGUUACGUAAAGCGUUGAUCGAACCCCCCUCCCGCCUCUGUAACGCAUUGUAAUGUUUUACAAGACCCCCUCUCCCCCCGAACUGCGUUGCGUAAUACUUAAACGCCUCCUUAGAUGUUACUUACUAUUAUAAAGAAACGUUAUUACCUAGACGCAAUUAGUCAUUGACUGACAGAUGAAAGCUAAUACUAUUGGCUUAAAUUCAUUUCCUUAAUUGUGAUUGGUUGUAUCAAAAAUCGCGUGUCUUUUUUCGUUACAUUGUAACUAUGGAUGUGUCAGUGACAUUUAAUCGCCUUAGUACACAGCCUUUGAGCCAACUCUUUCAGUUAUUGUAUUAUUUUGAUGGGCUAAUAUAAUACUUUUGUUAUGUUCAAGUUUUUUCUGAGGUUUGAUUUUUUAUGGUUUUCGUUUAUAUUAAUUAUUUUCGAUAAAUGUAUUAAGAAAAAUCAAACUAUACAUCAUUAUUGUGAUGAAACUUAGUUUUGUGAUCUUUCAAAAAUACCAUUAAGCAUUAAAAAAAGUAUCAAAACGUAAUUGCAUUGCAAUGACCUCUCAAUAUUUAUUAAUACUUUGAAGAAACAAGAAAAUUGUUGCUAAACAAUGCCUUUGUACAUCGACGUUUAUCUAGUCCCUUCCCUAGCAAAAUAAGGGCCGGCGCACAUUGACGAGUUUUAAUUUAAUUUUCAUCAUCAAAUACUUUUAACGAAUAACGUAGUUAACUAAAUAUGAUUAUAGAAAAAUGUCUAUAUGCGCCGUGUCCUCUGCUCUUACAUAUAGUUUCCCUUACGUCCAUUUCACAUAAAACUUAUCCCCGCUUGACUGAAACUUGCAGAAACUUUCAAAAGUUCAAAUUACAGAAAAGUAAGUGAAAUUGAACAUAUUUUUUAUAAUUAAGAGCUUUGUAGUAAGCGCCACUUAAACUGUAUACAACCAUGAUAUAGAUAAUUAGUAAAAAUUCUUGUUAAAUUCGUUAAAACGAUAUAGAUUCAUUUAUUGAAACUUUCGUAAUACAACUACAGUUAAAACCGAAUAUAACGACACCGUUUAUAACGACUCGUCGGUUAUUACGACCCAUUGGCAAGGUCCCGGCCGAAGCCCUAUAUAAAUCCAUAAGUAAACAAACCGCCUAUAACAACACCGGAUAAAGCGAAAUACCGCUUAAAACGGCUUAUAGUCGAAGAAUAUUGAUAAUAAAAACUUUUUUACUUCUCUUUUCGAUAUUUUAAUUGAAAACAAGCUUAUAUUCAUUAUCUGUAGCCAUGCUACAUACAUACAUGACAAUAAUAUGAGUACUUGUGGGCUUAUAACAACUAUCGGGCAUAACGUCCGAAGUUAUAUGGUCCCUUCAAUGUCGUUAUAUCGGUUUCGACUGCAAUUGAAAUAUAAUAAAUUGUGGUGCCUCCACAUGUGGCUUUUUGUAUUCGAGUUUUUACUGUGAUUCCAUUUGACAAAUAAUUUCAAUGUAUUGCCGACACAACAUGGCUAUUCGUAUUUGCUAUUUGUAACCUUGACAACAGUCACUUUUUCAUUCCAAAUAGAGGGUGAUGAUUAGGACAGACUGCUGUCAAAAUGCCCUUAUCAAUUGAAAAAUUGCCAUAUUUGCUGUUUAUUUAAAUUAAAGUCGAAAUCAAACAUAAUGGUGUCGAUUCUGGCAGGAUUCUCUUAAUUUAAAACUAAAUUUAAUGUCAGUCUGUCCUUUUCAUUCUGUAUAGAGAAUGACUAGGACACACUGUUGUCAAAUUUAGGUUUAGAGAAUCAUGCCAGUAUCGACAUAAAUGACGCACUUCUGUCGGUUUUUCAGAAUGUGUUUUCAAAACCGACCCCAAUAAAACAAAUACGUAAUCCCGAAAAAAUAUUGAUCAUGCCAUGUGUUUGUUAUUUCGGUGUUUGUCUCCAUGUAUAUCGGCAGUUUGCCAUAACAUCAUAUUUUUUAGCGAAUACUACGAAUAUGUAAUAUGUGUUUUUCACAAUAUGCUAAUG